GUGUAGACGGAGAAACUAAACUGCUUUAACAAAAAAGCAAAACACACUUAGCAUUAGACAUCUAGAGAUAUAAUUUACACCCACUUUAUUACUGUUUCAUAUUUCCUGGAGAGAGAGAAAUAAAGCAGCAGCUCCGUAAUCUAGGGUUUCUGUGAGUGUUGAAAUUGAUGAAAGGUAGGUUGAGAAGAAGGUUUAGCCAUGGCGCGAGAGAUCACUGUUUCGCUUUUCGUGUUCCAUCUCUUACUCAUCAUUUCUGCUAAUAUGGAAGGUGAUGCAUUACACAGCUUACGGACAAGUUUACAAGACCCUAACAAUGUCCUGCAGAGCUGGGCCUACGCUUGUAAAUCCUUGCACAUGGUUUCAUGUUACAUGAACAAUGAAAACAGUGUUAUAAGAGUCGAUCUUGGGAAUGCAGCAUUAUCUGGUCAACUGGUUCCUCUCGGUCAGUUGAAGAAUUUACAAUACCUGGAGCUGUAUAGCAAUAAUAUAAGUGGACCAAUUCCUAAUGAUCUUGGGAAUUUGACAAAUUUGGUGAGCUUGGACCUGUACAUGAAUAGCUUCUCUGGACCCAUACCAGAUACACUUGGGAAGCUUACAAGGCUAAGAUUCUUGCGUCUUAAUAACAACAGCUUCUCUGGUCCAAUUCCAAUGUCAUUGACUAAUGUCACGACCCUUCAAGUUCUGGAUUUAUCAAACAAUCGGUUAUCAGGACCAGUACCAGAUAAUGGCUCAUUUUCUCUGUUCACUCCCAUCAGUUUUGCCAAUAAUUUAAAUUUGUGUGGGCCUGUUACUGGAAGACCUUGCCCUGGAUCUCCUCCAUUUUCUCCACCUCCUCCGUUUAUCCCACCUUCUACAGUACCGCCUCCAGAAGAAAAUGGUCCAACUGGAGCUAUUGCUGGAGGAGUAGCUGCAGGUGCUGCUUUACUGUUUGCUGCACCAGCAAUGAUAUUCGCUUGGUGGCGACGAAGGAAACCUCGAGAACACUUCUUUGAUGUCCCAGCUGAAGAAGACCCAGAAGUGCACCUAGGUCAACUUAAGAGGUUUUCUUUGCGAGAAUUACAAGUUGCCACUGAUACUUUUAGUAACAUACUUGGAAGAGGUGGAUUUGGUAAGGUAUACAAGGGACGACUUGCAGACGGCUCACUUGUGGCAGUUAAAAGGCUUAAAGAAGAACGAACACCAGGUGGCGAGCUGCAGUUCCAAACAGAGGUGGAAAUGAUUAGCAUGGCUGUGCAUCGAAAUCUUCUGCGGCUACGCGGAUUUUGCAUGACACCUACAGAGAGGCUGCUUGUAUACCCAUACAUGGCCAAUGGAAGUGUUGCAUCAUGUUUAAGAGAGCGCCCACCAUCAGAACCACCCCUCAAUUGGCCAACUAGGAAGAGGAUUGCACUGGGAUCUGCUAGAGGGCUUUCUUAUUUGCAUGAUCACUGUGAUCCCAAAAUCAUACAUCGUGAUGUGAAGGCAGCAAAUAUAUUAUUGGAUGAAGAAUUUGAGGCUGUUGUAGGUGACUUUGGGUUGGCUAAGCUUAUGGAUUACAAGGAUACCCAUGUAACGACUGCUGUAAGAGGCACCAUUGGGCACAUAGCUCCUGAGUACCUUUCCACAGGAAAGUCAUCAGAGAAGACUGAUGUGUUCGGUUACGGGAUUAUGCUCUUAGAGCUAAUUACUGGACAAAGGGCCUUUGACCUUGCUCGACUUGCCAAUGAUGAUGAUGUUAUGCUUUUGGAUUGGGUUAAAAGCCUAUUGAAAGAGAAGAAGUUGGAGAUGCUGGUCGAUCCUGACCUGAAAAACAAUUACAUAGACACUGAGGUAGAACAGCUUAUUCAAGUAGCAUUGCUUUGUACCCAAGGAUCACCAAUGGAACGACCCAAAAUGUCAGAGGUGGUCAGAAUGCUUGAAGGUGAUGGUCUUGCAGAAAAGUGGGAGGAAUGGCAAAAGGUGGAGGUCAUCAAUCACGACGUAGAAUUAGCUCCGCAUCGGACCUCCGAAUGGAUCCUUGACUCAACGGACAACCUACAUGCUUUUGAAUUAUCAGGUCCAAGAUAAGCUGGGGGCGCACACAUUAUGAAUUAUUUAUUUAUAAUUUUCUUUAACCUUCUUUGUUUCUUUUGUUUGUAUCUUUAUUUUUAGUUACUUCUCUCUCUAUAUUCCUCAUCCCUUUUAAUCUCAUUAUGUAUUAUUAUUUUCAUAAGAUCUUGGCAUCGGUUGUAGUCAUCUCUUUAAGGUUUUCUUUUCUGUUGUAUGAAAACUUUGGACAUUAGAUUCUAGGGUUGCCGAAGAAGUGAAUGUAAAUUCCAUAUUAGAAUAGAAUUUAUUUAUUGAUCA